AAUCCGUGGCCUCAGAGUGGGGGUGGCCUUCUCCUUCCUCGGAUGCUCUUCUCCUCACGGCGAGUUCGUGAGGGGGAGAGAGAAGGGGAGAGCCCUCUCCUUCCUGGGCUUUCGCGCCUCGUGCCCCACCACACCUUUUCGAACUCGAGCACCCACGCGCCCGUGCCCCACGCACCCUCACGCGCGCUCGCCGCCCUCCCACCGUCACUGACACCAUGCCCCGUAUCACGCUAUGGCCCAGAUGCAGGCAGGUGGACGUGGUCCUCGCAGGCCCAUAGCCCCCUGCAGGCACCGCACUUCCCUGUGGGGCCCAGUGCCCCACAGUUGCCCCACAGUUCAAAAUCUGAAUUCGUCAGGAGAGAGGAAAGGUCUCCAAAGCCUGGAGGAGGAGAGAGGAGUGGAAGCGGAGGCCGAGGCGGAGGUGGAAGCGAUGCUGCGCGGCGGCGGGUCGCGAACCUCGGCGAAGCCCCGACGCCCCCACUCCCGCCAGCGGCCGCCGUCCCCGCCCGCCCCGUCGCGUCGAGCAAGCGGGGCUGCUGCCGCCGCCGCCCCCGAAUCGAAGGAACCGUUGGUGUUGGAGGCUCCGGUGGUGUCUUCCAUGGAAGAAACAUCGUUCACUUUUGAAUUCAAGCGAGGAUUUAAAAGGGCAAAGAAGGCAAUGUUGCCGCCUAUGGAUGCGCCAAGAGACGAAGACAACAUAAGAGAGGGCUUCUCUAACAAGUCAAAUACUGUUCCUGCGAAGAAAGAGGCACCGAAGCAGGUGGAGUUCACCCAUUGCUCGCCUGGCAUCGUUGCUAGGCUGAUGGGCCUCGACACCGUGCCUCGCCCCAAAAAAGUUCUUGACCGGUGUCAGAGUGACACCCAGGCUAAUCUGCAACGACACUUGUUUGGAGUUGUUCAAGAAGUGGCCCAUGCUUCAUCUGGAGAUCAGCCAUGCAACGUCAGUUCUGAUGAGCUGCCAGCAGUGAAGGAUGUUUUUGAGGUGACAGAGAUGGAGAACAUGGCGAUGCAUAAGGUGUUGGAGCCUCGAAAUGAGGAGCAGUAUCUGAGAAACUUGGAGGCUGAUCUGGAAUUUGUGAGGCAAAAGUUCUUGGAUGCCAAGCGCCUUGCCACUGAUGAAGGGCAUAGGAAUUCUAAGGAGUUCAGUGAAGCACUUGAUAUACUCCACUCAAAAAAGGAUGUCUUUCUUGAAAUCCUUGAGGAGAAUAGAACUGCAGUGUCAGGAUUCUCAGGACAUAUCCUUAGUCACAGUGGGUUGCAGUGUUCUCCUAGUACAAGUAAUACUGCUGCUACAGAAUUGUCUGUGGAAACUUCAGUUGCGUCAGUGGAGUCGUUGGCACCAAAUGGGGGCAAGAUUAAAGGUUCAAGCCAUCGCUCUCAAAUCGUAGUUCUGAAGCCAAACCUUCAAAGGAAAAGUUUCACACCUGUUGUGUCAAGCCAAGAAACAUCAAACUAUAAGCAGAGGAGGGGUAGACAGCAUUCAAAUCCCCCGCGCCAUAGUAAACAAUAUUCUGUCCCACAAAAGAAUGAAGUUCUGGAAGAAGAGGGUAUAGCAACACAGAAGGUUAGGAAACAAACAACUAAAAGUGGCAGCAUGAGGAGACAGUCCAAGGAGGAAUAUAGCCUUGCUGCGUACACUGAGAAGACAAAAGUUGCUUCUACCUCUCAUGAUGAGGUCAUGCCCAUUUAUUCAAGUCUGCAUUCUGCUGGACCAUCAGUGAGUAGGAAGGCCAGAAAGCACCUCUCUGAACGAUGGCAAAUGGCCUGCCAAUCUGGUUCAGAAAAUUCAAUUCCUAAAGGAAUAACAACACUAGGUGAAAUGCUCGGACUAUCUGAUGGAGAUGCACCAAAAGAAACCUCCCACAAAGGAUCAUCAGAUCCAAACUUUAGUCGCUCUAAUUUGAGAGAGGUACCAGCCAGCCCUCUUGGUAUUAGCAGUAAAGAUGGAUGGAAGACAUGGAUUUACUGUGAAGAUGAUUCAAGGGGUGGUAUGUCAAGGAAUUUUCCCAGGUCCAAGUCUCUUCCAGCCUCAUUGACCACCUCUACAAAAUUAUCAAGCAGGAGGCAGUCCGCACCAACCUGUAGGUUGCCUAUUCUGAAAGAUAUAUUGAAUACACCCACUGAUGAAUCUGAAAAUGCACCUGUCAGGAAGAGAUCACCAAUCAGAAAUGCAAAACAGAGAAAUGGAAGGGCAAUUGUUCAUCAAGGGAAGGAAAAUAUGCUACCUGAGAAAGAGAUUCAUGUAACUUUAGAAAAAGCAAGGCAUAGCAUCUGCAUUUCUGAUCUGUCUCAGGCAAGCAAUAUAUAUACUGAAAAAUACCCUGAUGAUGAUAUCAGAACUGAGGAUCAGCAAAAAUCUGAUUCUGUUGUUCAACAUGAUAAGAAAAAUUUGGAAGGUCAUAUGGGGUGGGCAUAUCAGACACUAGCAACAUCGUUUUCAGAGACAAAAGAAGUUCUAUCGAUUCAGAAUCAGGAUAUCAUAGCAUUGGAGGAGGGAAGAAGCCCAUCAGUGGAGAUUGACAUUGCUCAAGUUGACACUCGAGCAACACAAUCAUCAGCGAGUAUUGCAAGUGGAGGGAGUUGUGAAUGCUCAAGUCCAAGUGCUUCAUCGCCACGUAGUUCUGGUGAAGAGACUUCUUAUUCUGGAAUAUUUAAAAGCAUCAACCUUGGUAUUCAAGAACUCAGAGCACAACUGAAGAUGCUGAAGAUGGAAGGCCAAGAUGACAUCUGUGGAGACUAUUCUGAUACGCUGUCAACUGGUGAGUGCAACAAUAUAAACAUCGCAACGUACCAAGCAACUGAAGAGCUACCUAUAUUCAAGAAUGAGGAGGACAGGGAUUUAUGUUAUGUCCAGGACAUGCUUGCAAGUGUGUGUGACUUACCAGAUUACCUGGAAGGUUGGCAGGUGGACUCAGAUGUGUUUCUAUUGCUUGAAAACAAGUAUUGCAAGCUGCUCCUGUGGUCACAAUCAGACAGGAAACUUCUGUUUGAUCUUGUGAACUCUAUCUUGGCUGACAUGACUACUCCUGACAACAGUUUGCAUUCAAAGAUUAUGAUGAAAUGCUGGCCUGAAAUUAAUCGCGAACAGUUAGCUGAAAGUGUCUGGCAAUUGGUGCAGAAGCAAAGUAACUAUGAGCAGUUUGCACUGGAGGAUGUUCAGCCUUUGCCACUGGACCAUCGUUCUGAGCUAGAAGUGAUUGGAAUGAAGAUUGCCAGGAUGAUCCAUGAUGAUCUUAUAAAAGGUUCUAUCAUCGAAUUCUUGUCACAGGAGAACUACCUUGUUAGCAACUGAAGUUUAGGGUAGUAGUGGUUAGAGUUGCUGACCUAAUGAAUAGCGUAACCUGCUGCAAACCACUAGUUUGCGAGAUGGUUUACUAUGUAGGGGGGGGGGGGGGG